GCCGUCUCCUCGGAUGACAUCCGAAAGGCUAUGACAGAAUUAGCUGAUGAGCCCACAACUCUGAUGUUCCAUGCAGAAAUGGCUGGAGAGACGGAGCCUACACCGGAAGGGCCCGUUGAGGCGUACUCCACGUUCCUUGCAUCUCGUCCGUCGUCUUAUGAGACUCGUGCUGUUGAAGAGAUCCUAUCCUUGUCCCAUCUAGCUCCUAAGCUUCCUCUGCAUAUUGUGCACCUGUCUGCAAUGGAAGCGAUUCCGUUGUUGCGCAAGGCUCGCGCGGAGGGUGUUCCCAUUACUGCUGAAACAUGCUUCCACUAUCUGUCCCUGGCUGCUGAGGAGAUCCGUGACGGUGAUACCCGCCACAAAUGCUGCCCCCCUAUCCGUUCGCAGUCCAACCAGGACCGCCUUUGGGAAGAGGUAGACCGUCACGCCGAUGACGGUGUCAUCAAGACCAUUGUGUCGGAUCACUCGCCUUGCACACCCGACUUGAAGCUUCUCCCAGCUGACGUGCCUGGCGGCUGCACAUCUGAAAGUCCCGCCACCAACGAAGGCAGUUUCUUUUCGGCAUGGGGUGGCAUCUCAUCUGUUGGCCUGGGUCUUCCUAUUCUGUGGACCGAGAUCAGUCGCCGCAAAGACCUCGCCACCAGCACCGAUGAGACCAUGACCCAGCAAGCUCUCCAAGACAUCGUGCGCCUCUGCUGCACCAACACGGCCCGUCAGGUGGGCCUGCAGAACCAGAAGGGCGAUCUUGUUCCCGGUCACGACGCGGACAUCUGUGUCUUUGACGAUACCACCGAAUGGGUCGUCGAGCCCAGCACCAUGCUCUUCCGGAACAAGUGCUCCCCUUACCAAGGCCGCACGCUUCGCGGCAUGGUUCGCGAGACCUGGCUGCGUGGUGAGAAGGUCUUCAACCGUGAAGCUGGGUUCGCCAGCAAAACCCCUACCGGAGGUCUUCUGCUCGACAAGCGUGUUUGAUUUCUUGUCCUUCGAGACUUGGAACGGAGUCACAUGUUCGAGUUCGAGCUCGAGUUCGAGUUCGAGUUCGUCCUGACCAUACCUCAAACCAAUCCUUUCGAGUUGCUGUGCAACUCCAGUCCCCCUAGCACGAUACCCGCUAAUGACGAUACCUCUUAAUCAUGACAUAAAUCUAACC